UCUAAGACACAGUGGAUAUAAUGUUGAAAAUGAGCGGGUGGCAGCGACGGAGCCAAAAUCAAAGCUGGAAUUUGAGGAGAGAGAGAGAAGGAAAGGAGGGGAGGGAGAGAAACAUCUAUUGUUUGCCUCUCACAUGCUCCAACUGGAGACCUGGCCUCCAACCCAAGCAUGUGCUGACUGUGAAUCGAACUGGCAACCUUUUGUGUUCCAGAAGGAAGUGUAUCUUCAUAUAUCACCACACCUGAAAGCAGUAUAUCCUUUUCCAGAGCCUGAUAUAGCUGCAGUGAUGGCAGCCGAGUCUUUGCCUUUCUCCUUUGGGACACUGUCCAGCUGGGAACUGGAAGCAUGGUAUGAGGAUCUGCAGGAAGUGUUGUCUUCAGAUGAAAAUGCAGGUGCCUAUGUCUCACCCCCUGGAAAUGAGGAGGAAGAAUCAAAAACCUUCACCACUCUUGACCCUGCCUCUCUGGCUUGGCUGACUGAGGAACCAGGACCAGCAGAAGUCACAGGUAUCUCCCAGAGCCCUUGCUCUCCAGAUUCCACUCAGAGCUCUCUGGCUCAGGAGGAGGGAGAAGAAGAACAAGGAAUACCCAGGAAACGGAAACGAAGUGAUCAGUCCCCAGCCCGGGCUGGAAAGCAACGUAUGAAGGAUAAAGAGCAAGAGAAUGAAAGGAAAGCAGCACAGCUAGCUGAAGAGAAUGAACGGCUCAAGCAGGAAAUUGAGCGCCUGACCAGAGAAGUGGAGGCGACUCGCCGAGCUCUAAUUGACAGAAUGGUCAAUCUGCACCAAGUAUGAACGCUUGGGACCGUUACUUCCCCCUCGGGCCAGUACCAUCCUUUCCCAGACAUGGCUACUAACCACCUUCUCACUAGUGUUAGUGAUGUGACCCUCAACCCCAUACCUACAGUAGGGGGAAAGCUUGGGGUAGACAACAGGAAAGGGUCUCAGCAUGUAUAUAGAGAUUGUACAUUUAUUUUAUUACUGUCCAUAUUCAUUAAAGUGACUCUAUGAGCCAA